AUGCCGUGCAAGGUGGAGACCACUCCGCUGCUGGGGCAGAACUUCUCGCCGCCCACCGAAAAGUUGGGUACCAGGCACGUGCAGAUUCUCUUGAUGUUCUUGGGGAUUGCCAUUGCCUACGCGAUAAGGAUCUGCAUGUCCGUGACCAUCAUCGCCAUGACCGACCCAAAAGCGCCUAUUACGCGAUUCAACUGGGACUCAAAGACGAAUUCCCUAAUACUGAGCUCGUUCUUUUGGGGCUACAUAGUGACGCAAGUGCCGAGCGGCUACAUAGCCAACACCCGCGGCGCCCACAAGCUCCUCUCCUGCGGCAUGUUCCUGUGCUCGCUCGUCAACUCCCUGAUACCUGCAGUCGCAAUGUGCUACGGCUGGCCGGCCGUCAUCUGCUGCAGAGCCGCGACCGGACUGACCCAGGCUUGCCUGUACCCCUGCGCCCAAACUCUGCUCUCACGUUGGGUACCACCUGCCGAGAGAGCCAGACUCGGCUCCCUAGUGAUGAACGCGGGAACUUUCGGCAUGGUACUGACGCUGCCCGUAUCCGGUGUGCUGUGCGCGUCGCGCCUCGGCUGGCCAAGUGUCUUCUACCUGAUCAGCGCGUGCGGCGUCGCCUGGAGCAUACUAUUCUUCUACCUGGGCUCGGACAUGCCCUCCGAGCACCCGACCAUCUGUCCCAACGAGAUGCGCUACAUUGACGGUAGUCUCGGAAGAUUGGAUAAAGCUUCGAGAUCUGAAAAGCCUAGAGUGCCGUGGAAAGCCAUCCUGACGUCCUUCCCGAUGUGGGCCAUUGUGAUUGUCCAUUCCGGAAGUAACUGGGGGUUUUACGUUCUCUUCACCCAGAUGCCGACUUACAUGAAGUACGUGCUCAGUUUCGACGUUCAACACAGUGGUCUGGUGUCGGCGUUGCCGUACCUGGCAAUGUGGCUGAUCGGCUUCCCCAUAAGUUGGCUGUCGGACUUUGCUCUGCGGAAAGGCGUGUCGGUCGAGUGCGUGCGGAAGCUCAGCAACACGAUCGGGCUGUGGUUGCCGGCCGCGGGCAUGCUCGUCCUCGUUUUCAUCGAGACGACCGACAAAACCGUUUUGGUGACCAUCCUGGUGAUCGCGGUUGGCUUCAACUCCGCCACGACGAGCGGCUACCAGAUCAAUCACAUCGACCUCAGCACCGCCUUCGCCGGCACCAUGAUUUCCAUCACCAACAGCAUUGCCAAUGUCUUUGGUAUCAUUGCCCCGCUUGUCUGCGGUGUGAUCAUCAAAGACCCGACGAUCGUGAGUCAAUGGCACACCGUAUUCUACAUAUCCGCUGCCGUGUACUUCUUCACGAACUUGGUCUUCAUAAUUUUCGGGAAAGCCGAGACCCAAUCCUGGAGCGAACCCGACAUCCUGCACGGCUUGAGCCGAGAUCGUCCCGGCCGAGCAUCGAGGGUCCCCACAGUUUUGGACUCGUCCUCGGUAGUCGUGGUCGACCACGGGCUCAAAUAA